AUGAGUAGCCCAGUUCCAGCAGAGUACGACGAUACUAGAAUCUUAGGAUACGAUCCUUUGAUUUCUCCAUCAUACUUAGCCCACGAAAUCAAAGCUUCUAAAGAAUCCUUAGAUGUAGUCAUCAAAGGUAGAAGAGAAAGUAACGAUAUUUUAAAAGGUAAAGAUGAUAGAUGUUUAGUUAUCGUUGGUCCAUGUUCCAUCCAUGACACUGAUGCUGCCCUAGAAUACGCUGGCAGAUUAAAGAAAUUAUCCGAAGAAUUGAAAGAUGACUUAUUGAUCGUCAUGAGAGCUUACUUAGAAAAGCCAAGAACCACUGUUGGUUGGAAAGGUUUAAUCAACGAUCCUAACGUUGAUAACUCUUUCGAUAUUAACAAAGGUUUAAGAAUCUCCAGACAAUUAUACUCCGAUUUAACUGGUAAAGCUGGUUUACCUAUUGGUUCUGAAAUGUUAGAUACCAUUUCACCACAAUAUUUCGGUGAUUUCUUAAGUUUCGGUGCUAUCGGAGCAAGAACUACUGAAUCUCAAUUACACAGAGAAUUAGCUUCAGGUUUAUCAUUCCCAAUUGGUUUCAAAAAUGGUACUGAUGGUAACUUAGGUGUUGCUUUAGAUGCCGUUCAAGCUUCAUCAAAAGGUCACCAUUUCAUGGGUGUUACUAAAGAUGGUAUGGCUGCUAUUACCACCACCAAAGGUAACGAUAACUGUUUCAUCAUCUUAAGAGGAGGUAAAAAAAUCACCAAUUACGAUGCUGAAUCUGUUAAAGCUGCUAAAGAAGCCAUUGCUAAAUCUACUGAUCCUUCCAUUAAAUUAAUGGUUGAUUGUUCUCAUGAUAAUUCACAAAAAGAUUAUAGAAACCAACCAAAAGUCUUGGAUUCUGUAGUUGAACAAAUCUCCAACGGUGAAGAUAAAAUCAUUGGGGUUAUGAUCGAAUCUCAUAUAAAUGAAGGUAAACAAAGUAUGCCAGCUGAAAAUGCCGAUAAGUCUACUUUGAAAUACGGUGUUUCCAUCACUGAUGGUUGUGUUGGUUGGGACACCACUGUUGAUAUGUUAACUAAAUUAAGUCAAGCUGUUCAAAAGAGAAGAUCCUUAAAAAACUAA